AUGGAACGCAUUGGUAUAAUUUUCAACCUUGAAGUGACAAGCAUUUGGCGUAAGUUUGAAAUUUCAUUCACAUAUUGCAUUUUACACCGCCUAGGUGCACACUCGCAUAUUAGAGGCCUUGGUCUCGAUGAAUCUUUGGAACCUCGCCAGGUUGCGCAAGGAAUGGUUGGUCAGAUCAAAGCACGCAAGGCUGCGGGCGUAAUCUUGCAAAUGAUUAAAGAAGGCAAAAUCGCAGGACGGGCUAUUCUUAUGGCUGGCCCACCAGGCACGGGAAAAACUGCUAUUGCGAUGGGAAUGGCACAGGCAUUGGGAAAAAAUAUACCAUUUACGAUGUUGGCAGCAUCAGAAAUUUUCUCUCUUGAGAUGUCCAAAACGGAGGCCCUCACUCAGGCUUUCCGACGAUCAAUUGGCGUGUGCAUCAAAGAAGAAGCGGAGAUUAUUGAAGGAGAGGUGGUUGAGAUACAAAUCGAUCGUUCGAUCACGGGCGGCACAAAAACUGGAAAGCUUACUUUAAAGACAACGGAUAUGGAAACCGUAUAUGAAUUGGGUCACAAAAUGAUAGACGCUUUAAACAAAGAAAAGGUUUUAGCAGGUGACGUCAUCACAAUUGACAAGGCAUCUGGAAAAAUAUCUAAAUUAGGCCGCUCGUUUACGCGUGCCAGGGAUUAUGAUGCCAUGGGAGCAGAUACAAAAUUUGUACAAUGUCCUGAAGGCGAACUGCAAAAGCGCCGGGAGGUUGUUCAUACUGUUUCGUUACACGAAAUUGAUGUGAUUAAUAGUCGAACCCAAGGGUUUUUGGCUUUGUUUUCCGGUGACACCGGUGAGAUUAAAUCUGAAAUUCGAGAUCAAAUAAACACAAAAGUUACCGAAUGGAGAGAGGAAGGAAAGGCUGAAAUUGUACCUGGUGUUCUUUUUAUUGACGAAGUUCAUAUGCUUGACAUUGAAUGUUUUUCAUUUCUAAAUCGCGCCCUCGAAGAUGAGAGGGCACCAGUAGUCAUCAUGGCGUCAAACAGAGGCAUCACACGGAUUAGGGGUACGAAGUACAAAAGUCCUCAUGGGAUUCCGAUCGAUUUGUUGGAUCGACUGCUGAUCAUAAGCACAUCUCCAUAUGAUGAGGACUCGAUAAAAGAGAUUUUGGUCAUUAGAUGCCAAGAAGAGGACGUCGCAAUCACUGAAGAAGCCCGAAAUGUUCUGACAAAAAUUGGAAUUGAAACGUCAUUAAGAUACGCAAUUCAUUUGAUCACUACAGCGCAUCUCGUCUCAAAAAAACGAAAGGCCAAUGUCGUUGAUGUUAGUGAUAUUAAACGCGUGUAUGAACUUUUUUUGGACGAAAAGAGAUCAGUAAAUUAUUUGCGAAAAUUCCAGGAGCAAUAUAUGUUUAAUGAAAUUCCCGCAGAUGAAGAAAUGGAGGGAGUGGAAAAUACCGAUGCAAUGGAGUCAUAA